AUGGCAUCAGUAGCACAGGCACCCCGGCGCCUGGCGACCAAAAGCCCCCAGGUCGAACCUGCGGCCACCACGGCCGAGGACCGUAGGGAGAGAAAACGGGCCUCCGACCGGCUGGCCCAGCGCGAGCACCGCAAAAGGCAACGCGAGUACAUUGAUGAGCUCGAGGCGCAACUCAAGCUGAUCAAGGAGGGCAGCCACUCAGAGUCUGUCGCAGUACUGGUGGCCGAGAACGAAAGACUCAAAGCUGAGCUGCAACAACUCCGAGCAUUUGCUUCUUCUAUCAAUGUCGCCAUGUCGCAACUUCAAGGCAAUAUAGGGACAAGCCACCCUGUCUCUCCUGCUCCUUCAAAUCCAAAUAUGCAGCACAGUCUCGCCCAACAGGAGACCACCGAAGCCCCGUCGGGUGAGCCUCCAUCGAGCAACCACAAGUCAGACGGGCCCAUUCCGGCCAGUAUUCUCGGUAGCUCAUCCCUUGAGACGUCUUUUCCUGCACCGCCCGGUAGCUCUCAUGGCUACGACCAGGCAUACGCGAGAAAGAACGAGCCCCAACGAGAUAUUCUGGACUUUGAUACUAUUUCGCAUGAAAACCUUGAAUCAUCGCAUUUCGCCGAUUCUAUGCUGCAGCCAACGCCAGAGGGCAAUCACCUUGCUCGGGCUGAUCCGCCCGAGUCACUCCAUACAAACACACACAAACUGCCAGAAGACAUCCAUUCAGGCGAUAUCUAUCCUUCACUGUUGUCUAGGUCCAUGUGGGAUCGCCUAGGGCAGCUGGACCUUGCGAUCCUUCCAGAUAUCGGAUAUAACAAGCCGUUCUUGUCGUCUGAAGGGCACGAUUCCCACCCUUUCCCUACUCCUACUCCACUGCAGUCUCAUGAUGUACUUAUGAGAGAUGCUCGCCCCAUCCAACCCCAAUCAACACCCUCUCAACUCCCGCACAAGAGCAUCCCGAACAUCCUGUUCCCCGCCCUGCAAGAUGACGAGGUCCUCUACGCAAUGGUUGAAAGCGCCCGCUGGCAGGCCGUGAUAAGUGACACCAAGAUCCCCAAACCGGAGCUUGUCGAUUGUGUCCUGGACAGUACGGCGAACCAUUUCUCGCUGGAGCUGAAACAGUACCUCGAGCCGAUGCGCCGUCUGAGGAGGAACGAGGAGUACUUUGCGUGUUACUGGCUAAUCGCUACUCUGGUCCGGUGGUACGUCCACCAGGAGGAAUCCCUCUACAACAAUGUCCCGACCUGGCUCCGCCCAACAGCGCUGGAACUUCGAAUCCCUCAUCCAUUACUUAUCAGCUUCAUGCCAUGGCCACUCAUGCGCAACCAACUGAUCCUCGACUUCCACAUCCACCGUGUUCCCAUCCAUCCCAUCAUGGCGGACCUCGGGGAGUUCCUCGAAACCAAAUUGUCAUGUGCGGCGGGUGGUCUCUGCAUGGGUGAGGACCAGCUAGUCCAGUCGCUAAAGGACCUGAAGAACUGGAGCUUGAAGCCGGGGUUUUUCGAGCGGCAUCCGCAGUUUAGAAACUCGUACCAGCAAUAUGUAGUAUGAUUCCAUCCAGGCAGAAUAGAAGGCGUUUUGCACCUUGCAGAGAGCAUUAUCAAUACUCAUUGCCAGGGUGGUAUAUCAGAUGAGGACGCGAGAUUAAGCGACUUGCCUCAUCUUAACCAAGC